AUGCACCGGGCGGGCACUUCUAAUAAAAAUCAGGGUCCUGGAGGAAUUAAUUACGGCAGCAUUACAGGAAGAAUUCGUGGAAUUGCAAAACGUAGUUGGCACAGACCAGCACGGGCUGCUGCUGCAAAUGGGGAAACUGCAGGAGAUAACUUUGCUUCUAAUUCUACAUGUUUUCACAACAGCGACAAUUUAUACCAAAUGACCUCACAGCUUGAGUGCAUGACAUGGAAUCAAAUGAACUUGGGAUCCACGCUGAAGGGCCAUACAGCAGGAUAUGAAAAUGAGAACCACAGUGCUCCCAUGUUAUACAGCUGUGGGGCCCAAUACAGAAUACACACCCAUGGAGUUUUUAGAGGCAUACAAGAUGUCCGACGGGUGCCAGGAGUAGCUCCAACCAUUGUCCGAUCAGCAAGUGAGACAAAUGAAAAACGUCCCUUCAUGUGUGCGUACCCUGGCUGUAACAAGCGAUACUUUAAGUUGUCCCACUUACAGAUGCACAGCAGAAAGCACACUGGUGAAAAACCUUAUCAGUGUGAUUUUAAGGACUGUGAACGAAGAUUUUCUCGUUCAGACCAACUCAAACGGCACCAAAGACGACACACAGGUGUGAAGCCCUUCCAGUGUAAAACCUGUGAGAGAAAGUUCUCCAGAUCUGAUCAUCUGAAGACUCAUACCAGGACUCAUACAGGUGAAAAGCCUUUCAGUUGCCGGUGGCCCAGCUGUCAAAAAAAAUUUGCCAGGUCUGAUGAAUUAGUUCGUCAUCACAACAUGCACCAGAGGAACAUGACUAAACUGCAGCUGGCCCUUUAG